GUCCUUUGGUGGUGUCAAUAAAGUUGCGUUUGGAGGACGUUUGUCCGUUGUGAAUAAAGUUGUUUUUGCCAUUGCAGCGAUGGCCCAGUAUCGGGAGGCGCCGCUCGCCAGCCGGCCCCGCACUCUCGACCCCAAGGAGUACGCGGUGCAGAGUUUGGAGGAGCGGCGGGCGCAGCAGGAACGGCUGGCAAUUCGCUCCCGCCUCAAGCUGCAGUACCUGAGACAGCUGAACGACCCGACGCGGGCGGAGCUGAUGCAAGAUCCAGCCCUAACUCGCUGGGUAUAUGCUCGCACUCUGAACCAUAUCUAUCCCAACUUCCGUCCAAGCCCUAAGACAUCACUAAUAGGAUUUUUCUGUGGUGUAGUACCUCUGUUUUUCUGGUACUACGUCUUCAAAACCGAUCGGGACCGUAAAGAAAAGCUUAUUAGUGAAGGAAUGGAGCGGCCAUUUAGUUUAUCAUCAUGAGUUCUUGAAGCAAAGUCUGCAGAUGUGACAAGUAAUUGUACAGUAUAUUAUACAGAAGUCAAAAAAUGUCAUUUUGCUUUAAUAAAUGUUGCUAAUUAUACUU